AUGUUGAAGAAACCAAGAUUGGAUAUUGCAUCAACUGCACAUGUGGCUACCACACCCAACUCUCUGUUUAAACUAGCUGUACAUUACAUUGCACAACAUCUUGAAUUGGUGGAAUCAUUCAUGGGUUUUCCAGAAAUUGUUGGAGAACUCAUAUUUAGGGCAGCGGAACACAGUUGUAGAUUUGAUUAUGAAGAGGAUGAGUACCACAAGUGUCUGAGGCGAUUAAUACUGUUUACUGAAGCCUACGGAGAAGUUGUCCUGUCUAAGUUAAGUUUGAGUGGGAGAUGGUCAAGUUUUCAACUAUAUAAAAGCCACAUUGAGAUAUUUCGAGACCUGACUGAGUUGGAGCUGGCAGAAUGUGGAUUAGAAGAUGAGGAUGAUGUAUUACCACACAUUGGCCAGUAUCUCCUGAAGUUGACAUAUUUGUCAUUGAGACAAAACAAACUGACAGACAAGGGACUGAUGAGGCUGACUACCCCUUACAGAGUGAUGGGAACUGGACCAGGGAAACUUGUACAGCUCAAUAUAUCAGAUAAUCAAGAUAUCACUGCAUCUGGUAUUAAAAAAUACAUGUCUGGUUUCCGAGAAUUGAAUGAGAUCAACAUCACUGGAACAUCUGUAAAGAGAACUGAGGCCUUGUUAAAAAUAUGGAAGUUUGAGGUUAGAAAAGGGAGCAGUACUGGACCUGAGGUGGUUAGUUUUGGAUGGGCCAGUGGUGUUACUGUUAGUGGAUACAACCUGAUACUGUCUAGAAUUAUUGAGGGAGCCGUAGCGGCUGAAAAAGAAUCUGCAGAUUUCAACGUUUCUCAAAGAAGUAAUAGGUUCAGGCAGCAUGGACCUGGAACAGUUCUGCAAUCAGCUGCAUGUGGAUAUUGUAUAAGUGACUUGUAA